AUGAUCACAACGACUAUGAUUAUGACUGUUAUGAUCGUGAUUAUUACGAUCAUGAUCACCAUGAUAAUGACCAUUACGAUUAAGACUAUUACGAUUAUGACUACUAUGAUUACGAUUAAUGUGAUUACGAUUAUUAUGAUUAUGAUUGCUACGACUAUCAUAACUAUGAUCAUCACGAUUAUGGUUAUAAUGACUAUUGUUAUUAUGACCACGACUGUUAUGACUAUGAUUAUGAUUGCUAUGAUUAUGAUUAUGGUUAUGACUACUAUGAUUUCGAUUAUGAUUACUGAUCACCAUAACUAUGAAUAUGAUUACUAUGAUCAUGAUUAUGACUACUAUGAUUAUAGUUACGACUACGACUAUCAUGAUUAUGACUAUGAUUAA